ACUUAGGACACAACUUACGUGAUAAUCAUAUUUUCAAUAUACAUUUUCUAUUCUUGUGUACCAGUUCUCUCCUAUCGAUUUAUGUACCUUACAUAGUCUAUAGGCACUAAUGUAAGUACAUUCAUGUAGGAUCUCCAAGAUCCCGAUGGAUUAGUCAAUAAACAUAUCAAACAUAAACUACAGGUAGGUAAGCUUAGUUCCGAUUUAGGUAGAUUUUGGAUGGAUGGAUGAAUGGAUGGAGAUUUCUAUAAAGAUUGGCAGUUAGGGAGUUAGAGUUGUUAAGGACUUUGUAUGAAUUGCUUAGUAACUUUGGACUUCCUAGCUGUCAAAUGAAAAUUUUUCAAAGUACUCUGGACGGACCGACCUGCAAUAAUUUAUGAACCUUGAGCUAGACGAAAAAUGUUUACUAAUAGUUGAACAAUGUUCGAAAGCACCUUAACAUUGUUUAUUUGGAAAAUGGUGAAAAUCGUACGAGACGACGCCUGUAUGACGGGAUUGGUUCAUUUAUUAUUAUUCAUAAUAAUUUUUAACACAAUAUUAAUCAUAACUUUUCUAGAUUUAGGAUUAAAUUUUAGCAAGAAAAAUGUUGGAACGUUUAUCAUAAAACUUACCAGUUUUUAUUUUAUCAAAUAUCGUAGGAUACAGUACAAAACUAUCCAAUAAAAACAUCUGUACAACUGGUUCUAGAAAACUUAACUAGCCAGCGUUAAUCACGUUUUUUUAAGGACCAAAGCCUCUCGGAAAUCUUACUGAGGCUAACAUCUUGAUAGUAUACAGUAGCAACUCAUCUUUAACAAAGAAAAGAAACAUGGACCCGACCAAUAACAAUGCAUCGAACGCAACAUCAAGCGGUGGUUCCAGACCAUCAGGAAACACAGUAACCAGCAAAAGAUCCCCUUUACAAGGCGCCGCUUACCACAUUCGAUUGACGAUGAUCAUUCUUUUCCGGGCAUUCGCAUUGCACCGCCAAGGAAAGUUGCCCCAAUUUGAAUUGAAGAUGGAGGUUCCAGAUGCAGGAAAGUUCGACGACCUGGUGUUUCGCUACUCAUCGCCAACGAUACCGGAAGGUACUGUCUACAUACAAGCUAAACAUAAAUAUCCAUCCGAGAAGCCAAGGAAAUCGAAAAAAAUCCAUCCAAACCAUCCGUACACGCCAACGCGAAAAGAGCGACCAGCCAUUACGGAAGGAACGCUGCUCACGAAAUGGAACUCCAAUGGGCCAUUUUCAAUUGCUAAGUACUUCAUUUCGUACCUGGAAGGAUAUGAAAGAUCGAUCACAGGUUCGCAUACAUACCUGCUGUGCACUAAUGCAACGAUUGACAACAAAUUGAAACAAAAAUUAACAUUACGGCCACAGGACAGCAGCGAGAUACUUUCCUUUUGCGACGUCAUAGGAGCAACGUGUUACAGCUUCAGCUCUGAGGAACAAUUUCAUGCUCUGACUGAUGCAUUGCGGCAAGCAAGUCUAGAAAAGCUAGGACAGAUGCUCGUACUACAUGUUCGUUACAACACAGAAAUUAAAUCGAAUUAUUCUUCGUUAAACGUAUUCGUCGAUCUGAUUGCUGUGUGUGUCGAGGAACUAGAAGGGGGCACAGGGAAGUUUAAACUAAGCCAUCGAUUGCUAACUGCAUGUGAGACAUCAAUCAUGGGAAGUUGCGAGCUGUUCUUAAGAAGGAAUAUGAUAGGCUUAUAA